AAACCGAACGUACUUUUAUUUACACAAUUUUCCCUGAAAAAUUCUUGUGAAAAUUGUACCUUCUAAAAAAAUCUGAAAAUGUCUUCAGGCGUAACAAAGAUGCAAAUUCUUUCGAUGUAUAAAUUACUUAUGAGAGAAUCACAGAAGUUUCCCAAUUACAACUUCAGGUCCUACGCUCUUAGGAAAGUUCAAGAUGCAUUUAGGGCUAACAAAACUCUAUCAGACCCCAAACUUGUUAAGAAGGAGUUUGAUUAUGCAAAGGAAAACUUGGGCAUCAUUAGACGUCAGGUCGUGAUCGGAGAUAUGUACAGCACAGAGAAGCUAGUGAUCGAAAAUAUUAACCAGUAAAUGUAAGUUUCAUCGUUAUCCG